AUGGUAAUUUCUCUUUCAGCGAAAAACAAGUUGGGUUACGUAGACGGGACUUGUCCUAAACCUAAUUCUGAUGACACACCUGGAAAAAUACGUCAAUGGGAUAGGUGUAACAACAUGGUCAUUUCAUGGUUGACCAGUUCCAUUUCACCAAAUAUUGCUAAAAGCGUCCAAUACUCAGAAACUGCUGAGAGUAUUUGGAAACAAUUAGAACGUAGGUAUGGGACUGUUAAUGGCACAAAGAUCUUUGAACUAAAGAAAGAGUUGGCCUCAACUCAGCAAAGAUCUCUUGAUAUUGCAUCCUAUUUCAAUAAACUGAAGAAAUCCUGGAAUGAACUAGGAACUAUGCGUAAGAAUCAUAGUAACUCGUGUGUUUGUGCUGCUAAAACUGGUAUGGAAAAGGAUGAAGAGGAGGAUAGACUUUACCAAUUCCUUAUGGGUCUAAAUGAGGUAUAUGUAGGAGUUAUAAGCAGUCUACUUAUGAUGAAUCCUCUUCCUCAUCUUGAUGAUGCUUACAACAUACUGCUCCAAGAUGAGAAUCAGAGGCAGUCCAAAGCAAGUCUUUUUUGUAGAUACUGUAAGAAACCAGGUCAUCUGAUUGACAAGUGUUAUAAGCUCCAUGGCUAUCCAGCUCACUAUAAGCUCAAUGGAAAGAACAUGGCUGCAACUGCUAAUGGGGACUUUAGUACUUUUCAUGUUCCACCUCAAGGUUUUCAUGUUUUCCCUAAAAUUGUUAUGUACCAGAGGGACAAAACUCCAUCCCUGGUUUGA